UUCUCAAAAAGAAUAAAUGGGGGUUUAAGCCUUUCGGUUGUGGUUUCUUUUCAAAGGGUUUUAUGUUUUCUUCCUUAUUUCUAUUCUAGAAGAGAGAGAGAGAGAGAGAGAGAGAGAGAAACGAGGGGUAAAACGAAAACAACAGAGAAGGAUGAUCGCGAAUUCUUCUUCAUCCUAAAAUCUUAGAAUUUCGAACUCUCUGUAAAUUUCUUGUAAUUUCAUUUCAUUGUACAGCCAUUGUUCUUAUCUGAUUCGUGAGAAUAUUUUACUGGGUAAGUAGCGUGAUUCGGAAUUUUUCAGUUUGCGUGAUCUAUAAUCAACUGGCACGAGAUUGUGAUCCAGGGAUCGCUCGCUGAUUAGCUUAUUUAUUUAUAUGCAUAAUUGAGAGAUGGUGGUCAAGAGGAGAUUAAAUUGUGGCUCUAAUGGCUUUGAUUUCCCCAAUAUGAUCCCCAAGGCUCCUCGUUCAAGCAGGAGGAAGGUGUCAAGUAAGAGAGAUGAUGUUGACAGCCAGACCAGUGCAAUUGAUAUGCUCGCUUCUCUGGCUGGAAAGUUGCUGGAAGAAAGCGAAAGUUCCUCAACGUCUACCUAUGCAUUUGGAGGGGAUGAUCAUGGUCAUUUGAGUGGAGAGAUCAAGCAAGAACAUGAAGAUGUCUACAGUAAGCCUUGUAAAUCCGAGUUUUCUCAUCAAGGAAACCCAUCUUCCAAGUCGACUAGUGAGGAUACGAGCGAGACGUGUUUGCAAAUCUCGUCUUUGGAAGAAGAUUGCAUUCUGGAGCAAACACCGGUUUCUGAUUGUAAGAGGGGUCGUGGUAUGAAGCCUCUAGUACGGUGUGAAAACAAGAAAGGGGAUUGUGAUUCUCUUGGUGAAUCAGGAGGCGUCUCUGAGGAGACGAGUGUUGUUAAUGUGGAUGCCGGGUUUGAACAAGGAGAAGCGAUCAAUGGCUUAGUCGCUGAUACUUUCAGCGUAAAGGAUCAGAGCCAAUUACAUGUGCAGUUUCCAGAGUCAGUCCACCUGGAUGGCGAUGUAAAAUUGCCACCAGGAACGAAUGGUGUCCCUAAUGGUUCUUUUGAAGGAUACGGGAAUCAUUCUAAGUUAGUUUGCAGAGAUGAUGACGAAAACUAUUGUAAGUACUACAAAUUUAGUGAUAAAUGUAAGUCAUAUAGGCAUUUGACACGGGUGGGAAAUCGAAGAGUAAAGAAGUCGAUGAUGACAAAGUACGGGAGAGCUGUUCCCAGGUCCAAGUGUUUUGAAGACACUAGAACAGAUGGUUGCUUGAAGGCUUUUCACCGCAAGCGAAAAUUAUGUCAUGGUUACAACCCAUUGAAGCAUGAGACUGUUCAUAGUAAGAGAAGGUUGUCUGACAAAGGCUUGGUAUUUAAUUCUGAUGGAGGACUCAGUAGUGAAAGUGUUUCUAAUUCACCUGAGAAGGGAGAAUCAGAAAAUGGUGUUUUCUCUGCCGCAGUAGGUCUUCAUUCAAAGGACUCCCGUGUGAAGUUCAGUAUCAAGUCCCUUAGGAUUCCGGAGCUUUUUAUUGAAGUUCCUGAAACAGCAACAGUAGGUUCACUGAAGAGAACGGUGAUGGAGGCUGUUACUGCUUUACUCGGUGAUGGAAUACAUAUUGGAGUGUUAGUUCAAGGGAAGAAGGUUAGAGAUGACAACAACACACUAUCACAGACUGGUCUUUCGUGUAGAGAGAAUGUAGGCAACCUUGGCUUCACCUUGGAGCCUGGUCCCGAAAAAUUGCCUAUACCUCUUUGCUCUGAACAUCCUGUCAUUUCUAUGCCAACUGAUUCUACAAAUUUGUCAGAAAGGUCCGCAGCUGCUCCCGUGUUAGAUACCAGAAUUGCUUAUCUUCUCCAAGAUGCAGAUCCCGUGACUAAUUUGGGAAAUUGUGUGGAGAAUAACCAGGAGUUAGUUCCUUAUCAGAGUGACAUAUCAGCUGAUGAACAGCCUUCAUCAGAUUCAAGAGCGCUGGUUGCAGUUUCAGCCUUGGAACCCGAGGCUCUUGCAAUUGUUCCAGCUAACCCGAAACCUAAGCGUACAGAUCUUUCACAGCGCAGAACCAGGAGACCAUUCUCUGUUACAGAGGUAGAAGCUCUAGUACACGCAGUUGAGGAACUUGGGACUGGAAGAUGGCGUGAUGUGAAAUUGCGUUCUUUUGAGAAUGCAAGUCAUCGAACCUACGUGGACUUGAAGGACAAAUGGAAAACUUUGGUUCACACGGCGAGUAUCUCACCGCAGCAACGAAGAGGAGAACCAGUGCCUCAAGAACUGCUAGACAGAGUCUUGGCAGCACAUAGGUAUUGGUCACAGCACCAUCUGAAACAGAACGGGAAACAUCAGGCGGCUGCAACAAUGGCUGUUAAAUCAGAUCCGUCCAUGUAAAGAAGGAGAAAGUUAAUAACACAUUAACUUUCACUUGACGACUCAAGAACAAAUGUGGGCAAGUGUACAAAGGCGAAACAACAGAAGCAUACUUCAUUUUUUUUUUCCAACUUAUCAUAUAGCUAGUGGAAACCAGACGUACUUUUGAUUACUUUUAUGUUACAUUUGCUCAUUUCAAUUUCUAACUGAUUUGAUUCUGUAGUAUGGUAUUGCUUUUAGGUCCAUGAAUACAUUCUUUUAUUUUUUAUAUAUAUUUUUGACAUGUAAUUGUAAUCGAAAUUCUUUUAUUUUUUGUUCAGAAAUUUAUUUGGCAUUGUAUAUAAAUCAUAUGCAAACAAAGUAUUUGGAAACGCGAUUACUGUUUUUGUCGAUUCAACAACCGAAAAAUGUUCGGUUGAUUCAUAAAUUAAAAGAAAAACCAUGAAAGCCAUAAUUAAUGGAAACAACAACGGAAAAAUCCUCAAUUGUACAUAAACAUAAAAAUAUAAAUCCAAAACAUAGGUAAAUUCCUUUUUGUCCAUGGUAUUUUGGAUUUAAACCUUUUUCAUCUAUUUCGAUUCGAUUAAAUGAUAAUGCCACCAAUACAGAGUAUUCUAGUCGAGGUUGAUGACUAUGCCAUCCUUGUUAUCCCAAAACUUAUCAAUGUCUGUGUAUAUCUGCUCCACUUCUUGUCGGGUACCGUACAUUUGUCCCACUGGAUCAUAAUAAAAUUACCCGGUAGAGUCGGCCGGUCACGCUUAUUCGACGCUCUUCGGCGAGCCAGCCAGGACGAAGCCAUUGGUAAGAAGGAGAAGAAUUAUCAAAGACCGUUGCGAAAGUUCCAGCGAUUGAGUUCAGCGGUCUUACACGGUUUCGGUUCAGAAUCAAAUUAGUCAUUCUCCCUUCUCUUGACAGAUCCAUGACACUCUUCUCGUAAGUGAUAGUCUCCAAUGAUCUGAUCUGCCGCUUCGUUAACCGGCGUUCAUUGUUGGUUCCUUCACCCUCGUCCAUUGAUUUUUUUUUUUUGUUAUUCGUGUAGUAACACUUUUUUCUUAC